UACAACUUUAGGUUAACAACAUAUUUUGACAGUACUUUGACUUAUAACAAAUAACGUUUAUUUGUACAUUUUGGUUAUGAUUCUAAACAUAAUUUUAGAAAAUAUAUUUUGAAUUAUUUUUAACAUAAUGGUUAUGUUCAACUAAACAUACAAAAAGAAUGGACGAGAAACAUCCAGAAACAUCAUCACCAGAUAAUAAUGCUGCGAACAUUGAGAAAUGUUCCAACGAACCACUUUCCACUGAAUUAACAGAAGCGACAGAUGAAAAUCAGGCACCGACAAAUAUUACUGACGAAAAACCUUCAGAAAAUGAUACAACGCAAAAAGAAACAUCAUCUAUUGCUGAUAACCCCAAAAUAAAUUCGAAAGAACCAUCAAAUGAAAGUGAAAAAUCAGAAGUAAGUACAGAAAAUAUUCAUUAUGAAGGUUCUGUUGCAAUUCAUACCGAUCCAAAAACUGGAUACCAAUAUGAAUGGAACACCGCAAAAAAUGAAUGGGUUCCGCGAAAUACAUUGUCAUAUGGAUUCGAAAACGAUACACACACUUAUACAGAUGCAGAUGGUGUAAAAUAUUUUUGGGAUAUCGAAAAACAAGCAUGGUUUCCAAAAGUAGAUGAUGAUUUUAUAGCUCAGUAUCAAAUGAGUUAUGGUUUUGUUGAUAAUAACAUUCCAGUAGAUGAUAAACCAUCAACAGAAAAACCAACUGAAGUGAAAAAAACAGCAGAAAAACGAAAGCCAUCAGCUCCAACAUGGUUUGAAGUAGAUGAAAGUCAAAAUAAUAAAGUUUAUGUUAGUAAUCUACCAUUAGAUAUUACCGAACAAGAAUUGGCUGAUUUUAUGCAGAAAUGUGGUCUUUUAAUGCGGGACCCAGCGACGGGAAAAAUGAAAAUGAAACUAUAUACGGAAAAAGAUAAUCCUGAUCAAUUAAAAGGUGACGCCUUAUGUACAUAUAUUAAAAUAGAAUCCGUUGAUUUAGCCUUAAAUUUAUUAGAUGAUUACGAUUUACGUGGCCAUAAAGUUAAAGUUGAACGUGCAAAAUUCCAAAUGAAAGGUAAUGAAUAUGAUCCACGUUUAAAACCAAAAAAGAAAAAGAAAAAAGAGUUAGAGAAAAUUAAACGACAACAAGAGAAAUUAUUUGAUUGGCGGCCAGAAAAAAUGCGUGGAGAACGAUCGAAACAUGAGAAAACUGUUAUUAUAAAGAAUUUAUUCGAACCAUCGAUAUUCGAUAAGGAUGUCUCAUUGAUUCUAGAAUAUCAAGAUGAUUUACGUGAGGAAUGUAAAAAGUGUGGGGAUGUUAGACGCGUUCAUAUUUACGAUCGGCAUCCUGAAGGUGUCGCUCAAGUUACAAUGCGAGAACCAGAAGAGGCUGAUGAAGUAGUGCUCCUAUUAAAUAAUCGUUGGUUUGGUCAACGGAAAAUUACAGCUGAAACGUGGGAUGGUAAAACGAAAUACAAGAUUGCUGAGCAGGAUUCUGAAUUAACGAAACGUUUAGAUAAUUGGGAACAGUUCUUAGAAAGUGGUGAACCAGCUAAUAAUACUGAAGAGAAAUCAAAUAGUAAUAAAGAUGUUACAACAAAAAUUGAAUAAUGAUUAAUUUGUUAUA